AUGUCAGUCAUCAAGACGAUUUCGGUUGCUUGUUUCGUUCUAUGGAUAUUCUUCUCAUAUUUCACCAAAUCCUGGAUCGAAUCUGGACAUGAGCACCAAAUCGGAAACCGAAGGCGCAUUAUUUCGGCAUUAAGAAUGGAGUGUCUUCUAACAUUUCUAAAUGUUGUCGCUUAUAACGAAUUGAUGCGCUGGUUUGACAUUGACGGAACCAGCAAAGAAAAGCUAUAUGAAAGACGAUCGACUCAGGUAAGAAAUGCCGUUUAUUUAAGCAAGAUUUUUUUAUCUUGA